AUGAGGCGCAGCUCAAGGCAGGACAUGGUGCACGACGUGUUGCUACAGGCGGGCCAGACGGCGCUGGAUCAGGCCCGAGAGAGCAACAACCCCGAGGUGGCCCUCCUGCUGACCAAGGCCCCCCAGGUGCAGCGGUUCGCCCGGGGGAGGAGCGUGAGGAAGAGGAGGGAGCGGCUGAAGGCGGAGGGCCGUGCCCAGUCCGUCCCCAGGGACCAGAUGCUACCUAGCAAGGACAGCGCCUCGGCCGCAGACACCCACAGCAGCGACCUGGUUGGCUGGAAGGACGCAGAGCCCGCCCAAUCGAACACCAGGAGGUCCAUCAACAGGAAGCAAAAGGAGAAGCCCUCGCUGUCGGACCCCCCCCGCCGUCUGGAGACGCGUCUCGGGGAGUCGGCCCAACGGAGGCGGAGCAAGCAGCAGGGGGCCUCCCCUCAUUCGCCGCUGCCCCCCCACAACUAUAAAGCCUACCAGCUGUACACGCUGUACCGCGGCCGCGACGGCAAGGUCAUGCAGGCCCCUCUGAACGGCUGCCGCUGCGAGCCGCUGAUCAGCAAGCUGGAGAACCAGCUGGAGGCGACCAAGGAGGAGGUGAGGACGGAGAUCCAGACGGUGCAGGAGCUCAUGAACACCAAGCUGGGCCAGAUGGAGAGAACCAGCCAGCAGCAGAACCGAGCGCUGGACAAGCUGACGGUGGAGCGCGUGGCGGCGGAGAGGUCAGAGUGCAUCCAGAGGAUCGAACAGCGGGCCCAGCAGGAGAAACAGGAGGCCACCAAGAGACAGGGGUCGGUGGUGGGGGAGCUGAAGAGCUGGUGUCUCUCUAAGCUCCACCUGAUGGAGCUCCGGCUGGGGGGGGACCAGCGCUCCCCGACACCCCUGCGCCGCUCCACCUCCCUGACGGAGGGGCUGACCCUGACCCCCAGCCCGGGCCCCCGGGAUCCUGAGGACCCGGAGCGCGGUCCAGGGGCCGGCGGGGCCCCCAGCCACUACUUUGUGGUCCACGCCGACAGCUCCCCAGAGGGAGAGAAGCAGCGUGACGCGGCCGUGAGUCCCGUGGUGCGACCGAAGGAGCGGCCGGCAGCGCCCUCUGCUGACCCCCGCAGGCCGCAGGCGGGACUGCAGGACGUGGAGGCCGCGGAGGACGGAGCAGGCAGGAGGGGAGAAGGGGGGUCCCAGGGCUGGAGGAGGCGUGGGGGGGGCAGCAGGGCCAGCAGCCUCUCCCCCACCACGGAGCGCCGCUUCAGCACCAGACCGGACCGCCGGGACCCCGACCGUCGGGACCCCGACCACAAGACCAAGACCCACAGGAGGACCUCCCACGGCAGGACCAGGUCCAAGGGCGCCGCGUCGGGACCCCCCUCCGCCCCGAGACCCCCCUCCGCCCCGGGACCCGGCCCCAGAGACCUGCAGACCCUGGAGGUGUUUGGGGCCCCGGGCGGCGGCGGCGGCGGCGGCGACGGCGGCGGGCCCCCGGCCUGGGAGCAGGAGCGGGAGGGGAUGCACGCGCUGGAGGUGAGCCAGCUGUUCUUCGAGGCGGUGUCGGGCCAGAUGGAGCGCUGGUACGAGAGGAAGGUGGAGGAGGCGCGGCGGCUGGGCGACCGGCGGGCGGAGGCCGACCGCGCCGCGCUCACGGAGCGCAUCGGCGUCCUGGAGGGCGAGCUCAGGCUGCUACGGACCCCCGGGGGCGGGGAGCAGGGGUAGCACGCUAGCGCUGGCUCACACACUGUUAGGGCUGGCAUUGGUGUUGACACACACACACACACACACACACACACACACA